AUGAGUAAUGUUUUUGAUAAAAUAAGGAAACAAAGAUCAAAAGAAUGCAAGGCAACAGACUUUUAUGAGGUGAAAAAUAAAAAUGAUGAUAUAUAUGAAGUAGUCGACGAAGAUGGAUACAUGGAAAAUAAAAAUUCAUUAAAAAGUUUUAUUGUUGGAGACGACAAAAAUUAUGAUUCAAGUGAUGAUGUGAUAUUAGAAACAGUUAACUAUAGCAUGAUCACCAAAAAAAAUGUCGAAAAAGAGAGUAAGCCAAAGCGGAAUACACAAAUAGACGAUUUUAUUCGUGAAAAAAAAAUACAGAAAAUAUUUUCCAGUGGAAAAUUAACUAAAGAUGAUAUAUCAAAAACACGAAACAUCGAAAAAAUGAUUGAAGAUAACUCUUCAUCUAGUGGUAGUGAAGAAAGCUGUGGUAAAAUAAAUAUAAAAAGAAAAACAAGGGAUUCAUAUAAUUCUUAUUAUAAUAAUAGGCACUCGGAAUAUAAUAAUAAAAAUAUAUAUGAUAGAAUAAAUAGUCAAAUUCAUAAAUCUCAAGAAAAUGAUAUAUAUGCUAAAAGUGGUAAAUAUAAUAUAGUCAAUGGAAAUUUGACAAAUAAUAAAACAAAAAAUAAAACAAAAAAUAAUUUUUUUAAUUCUGAUGCAGAACAAAAUGAAGAAAAUAGUGGAAAUUCUGAUAAAAAAAGAAAAAGUGAAAUUGGAAAUAACGAACCAAACAAAAUGGUAAAGACUAUUAAUUCUAAUAAUAAUUUUAAAGACAAUAUUAAACAAGAGCAGGAUGCUCUUAGUAUUAAUAAAGAUUUAUCAUCUUUAAAUAAAAAUACAAAAAGUGAUAAUAUUUUAAAAGACAUUGAUGGAUUAGAUAUAAGAAUAGAAAUAGGUGAGGAACAUAAAUUAGAUGAAAUGAAUUUAAAAGAUGAAAAUUUAGAUAAAGAAAAUGAAGAUAAUGGGAAUGAAAAAAAUAAUGUAAAUGAAAGUAUAUUAAAAAAUAAAUAUGAAGAAAUAAUAAUAAAUGACGAUACAGGUUAUGCAAAUAUAUACGUAUUUGAUAUAUGCAAACAUAAAAAUAGUAUUAUACUAUUUGGUAGAACAUUAACAAAAUUAAAAAGAUACAAAAGUAUAAGUAUAUAUAUUGAAGAUAUGGAUAGAUGCUAUUACUUUUUACUAAAUAAAAAUAAAAAAUAUGUAAAAGAUGGAAUAGAAAUAACAUAUGGACAUGAAAAAUAUAAAAAUUUUAUUAUGUUAGAUUUUGUGUCCGAAUUUAAAAAAAUUAGGGAAUAUCAUAAUAUAAAAAUGGCAAAAUAUAAAAUUGUUUUUAGAAAAAAUUUAAACUUAUCAUCAAAUAAUGAAGAACUAUAUGCAAAGGUUUUAUAUUCUUAUAACUAUGAUAAUAUUAGUGAAAAUUUUUCAAAAGGAGAUACAUAUUCUUCCUUUUAUUGUUGUAAUGAUGAUAUAGUAGAAAAUUUUAUUAUUAAAAAAAAUAUGAAAAUGCCUUGUUGGAUUAAAGUUAAAGAUUUAAAAAAUAAUUUUUCUAAUAAUAUAGCAUAUUGUUAUUUUGAUUGUACUGUUACUUCAAAAAAAAAUAUAUUUACUUUGGAAAAAUUUUCAGAAAAAAAAAACGCUGAUUUAAUUAAUGGUUCUAAUAAUAAUAAUUCAACUACUAAUUCUGUUAAUACUAGUACAAUAUCUGAUGAAUCUUUAAAAAAAAUAGACAAUAAUAAUCCAAAUAAUUUUAUAGAUAUAGAUUUAAAUAAACUUGUUAUAAAAGUUGUUUCGGUUCUUAACGAAGAAAAUAAUCACGAAGUUUUUAGUAUAUGCAGCUUAGUAGAUGCUGAUGGAAUGAAAUAUAUAAAUUUCUUUGGAAUUUGUGUCAAAUCAAACAAAAAAGGAUUAACUCCAAAUAUAAAUAACAACAUAAAUGAUAACAAAAAUGGAAUAUAUACUUACAAUCGAAAUAAUUGUAAAAUAUUUCCCAGCGAAAAAUUAUUAUUACAAGGCUUUUUAAAUAAAAUAAGAACAAUAGAUGUAGAUAUAUACAUAGGGUAUAAUAUUUUAAACUUUGAUCUCGAAUUUAUAAUUCAUAGAUGUCAUGUAAAUAAUAUAGAUCCAGGGGUUCUAAGCAGAAAAAAAAAAUUAAAAAAAUCAGACAAAAUGAAAGUAAAUAAAUUUAGCGGAACAAAUAGUACUGGGUCGAUAUAUAACAUUGUGCAAAAUAUAAAAGGAAGAUUAAUAGUAGAUAUAUAUGCUUUGUCUAAAGAUACAAUAAAAUUAACUAGCUAUUCUAUGGAUGAAAUAAUUGAUGGAGUAAGAACAAAAUUUCAAGAAAAAGUAAAACAACAAACAGGAUCAAAUAAUGUAGGCACUGGAAAUAAUAAUUCUAAUAACCAUACAAAUAAAAAUAAAUCUCGAGAAAAUAUUCCAAAUGUAUUUAAAGAUUUUAUAGUUAACGAUAUAAAUUUAAUAAAUUGUAGUAAUAUACAUUUAUAUGAUUCUGAACAAAUUUUAGAAAAUAAUUUAAAUACAUAUAUAAAUAGUCAAAUUUUUAGUAUAUAUGAAAUAUAUAAUGUAUGUAAUGUUUUACAAUUGAUAGAAAAAAGUAGAGAUUUAACAAAGUUAAGUGGAUAUAUAUGGGCAAGAAGUUUGCUUUCAUAUACUAGUGAAUGUAUUGAAUAUUUUUUGUUACAUGAAUAUCAUAAAAAAAAAUAUAUCACUCCUCUAGUAUCUAAAAAAAAACAAAAAAUAGAAAAUGAUACUAAUAAAUCAAAGAAUACAGCAAAAUAUUUAGGAGGUUUAGUUCUAGAACCUUUAUGUGGGUAUUAUGAUACAUAUGUACUUUAUCUGGAUUUUAAUAGUUUAUAUCCUUCAAUUAUCAUAGAAUAUAAUAUAUGUUUUAGUACUUUUAAUAUGAAACAUUAUUUAGCAUCAUCUGCUUCUACAUCUGAAGAAAUCCAAGAAGAUAUAGAAAAGAAAAACAUAGUAUAUUAUAAUGAUUCGGAUAUAAAUCAGUUAGAUAAUAUAGAUGAGCAAGUUGGUGAUUUAUCAAAUAUAGAUUAUUUUGAUAAAACAAAACCAGGUAUUUUACCAUCAAUUUUAAAACAAUUAGUAGAAAAAAGAGCAUUUAUUAAAAAAUUAAUUGCAAGUGAAAAAAAUAAAGAAAAAAAAGAAUUACUUAUUGUUCAAUCUUUGUCUAUAAAACUAAUUAGUAAUAGUAUAUAUGGAUGUUUAGGAAAUACACAUAAUAGAUUUUAUGCUAAAUAUAUUGCAUCUUAUAUCACACAAAAAGGUAGAAAUUUGUUACAACAUACAAAAUUUAAAGUUGAAAAAGAAUUUAAUCUAAAAGUAGUAUAUGGUGAUACAGAUUCUAUUAUGAUAGAUACUGGAAUCAAAUCUUCAGAUGCUAAUAAUUAUAAAGAAUCGUUAAAACUAGCUCAUACUAUAAAAAAUAAUAUUAAUAAAAAUUAUAAAAAAUUAGAAUUAGAUUUAGAAUGUAUUUUUAGUAAAUUACUUUUAUUAAAAAAAAAAAAAUAUGCUUGUGCUAAGGUUAUUGACCCUAAUUUAGGAAAAUAUGAAUAUGAAAUGAAAGGUAUAAAUUUUAUAAAAAGGGAUUUUUGCAAAAUUUCAAAACUUAUAGGAAAUGAACUGUUGAGAAUUAUUUUUUCAAACAAGGAAUACAAACCUUCACAACCAAAUUCGUCCAACAUUUCUCUUAACCACUCUGAUGACAUUUCAAUUCAAAACGACCUUUCGGAGCAAAUUCAUGAAUAUCUUCGUUCCGUAUACCAACGUAUUCAAAAUGACGAGUUUGACCUUGAGCACUAUGUAAUUACCAAAAAGCUAACAAAGAAUGUCAACGAAUAUCAGGAGAAAAACUCACUAGGACAUGUAUUAGUAGCAGAAAGAAUGAUAAAAGAUGGAUACAAUGUUUGUGUAAAUAAAGAAAUUCAAUAUUGUGUAUGUAGAAAUGAAGAUGCAUUAAAAUUUUAUAAUAAAGGAAAUGAAAAAUUAAAUAGUUCAUUAUGUUGCUUUAGUGUUGGUGAAAUAAAAAAAUAUAAUUUAAAAAUUGAUAAAGAUUAUUAUAUUAGAAAUCAAAUAUUAUUACCUAUUAAUCGACUUUGUCAAUAUAUUGAAGGAACAAAUGUAGAAAAGAUUUCGUCAUGUUUUAAUAUAUACAAUGUUAAAGAAAUAAGAACUGAUGAACAAAUAGAUGAAUCGUAUUUAGAAACAAAUGUUUUAUCAUUAUUAAGUGAAACAGAAGAAAGAUUUAAAAAUAUACAUUUAAAAGGAUUUCUUAAUUGUGAUAAAUGCCAUCAUAAUAUAAAACCAGUUAUAUUUAUCAAAUAUUUUCGAUGUAAUAAAUGUUUUUCACUUUUAGCAAUUGAGCAAAUAAGAAAUUAUAUAUUUUCAUUUAUUAAUCAUUUAUGUUCUACAUUUUAUAAACAAAUGUAUAUAUGUAAUUCAUGUUUGUUAAAAACAAAAAGGAUAUUUUUAAAGGAUUCUAAUAAUUGUCCUAAUCUCAAUUGUGAUAACCCCAAAAAUUCAUUAAAACCUAUUUUAUCAAAAAAAUAUAUUUAUUCGAUUUUAGAAUAUUUUCUGCAUCUGCUUAAAGGAAAUCUACUUGUCAUACCAACUAAGUUACAUGAAAAAGGAGAUGUAGAUAAUGUAAAUAAUAAUGAAAAACCUGAAAAUAAUUCAGAAAAAAAUACAGUUACAAAUUUUAAGGAUAAAACAAAUACCAAAACUAAUGACGAACCUGAAGAAUAUGCAACAGACAUUAAUGUUUCUGUAUGUAUUGGGAAUGGAUAUAAAACACAUAUAAUAAAUGAUAAUCAAUUAAUAAAAAAUAAUAAAAAAAAUGGAUUUAAAAUCGAAUCUUAUGAUAAUAUUUGUAAAAAUAAAGAAUUAAAUUUAAAUAUUACUAAAGGUUUGCAAAUGAAAUUCCCAAAUAUCUCAAAUUUCAUAACUUAUCUUAAUUUAAAGGCUAACAUAUUUUGCAUUAAUUAUAAUGACGAAAGGAAUACGAUUAGAGAAUCGAUUCAAAGCAUUAUACAAAACGAUAUCUAUUCCCAAAUAUUUUUCGACAACAUUUUUUCAGUUUUUCACUUAUCUGUUGCCUCGAAAAUCUCCAAAUUGUAA